CAUGGCACCAAUCAAGACCAUUGAGUACUUUCGUGUGAAGCCCCGCUGGCUGUUCGUCAAGAUAGUCGAUGCAGAAGGUCACGUUGGAUGGGGAGAAGCGACACUCGAAGGACACACCAAAGCUGUAGAAGGCACUCUCAAUGGUUACAUCGACCGCUUCGUAGGGCUUGAAGCCGAUGACAUUGAGCAUAUUUGGCAGCUGGCUUGGCGACACAGCCCGGUUUUCAUGAGUGCACUCGCCGGCAUCGACAUCGCACUCUGGGAUUUGAAGGCUCGAAGACUCGGUGUGCCGAUCCAUCAACUACUUGGAGGCAAGGUCAGGCAAAAGGUCCAAGUUUACGCCUGGAUUGGUGGCGAUCGCCCUUCCGAUGUUGCAGAAGCUGGGAAGGAGCGACUUGCACAAGGAUUCCGUGCCGUCNNAAAGUAUCUUCAAUUCCCGCCUCCCGUUUCAUUCCACGUCUCUCCUCAACAUGGCACGUCUGACUCAAUACUCCCUUUCCAGAUGAAUGCAACCGAAGAUGUGGGAUGGCUGGACUCACCAUCCAAGCUGGACUCGGCUGUGGAGAGAGUCAAGACUGUGAAGAGCCUGGGUUUGGAUGUUGCUUUGGACUUCCAUGGAAGACUUCACAAGGCUAUGGCGAAGCAAUUGGCGUACGUUCCAGUCCAUCAUGGGCCUACCAGACGUCUUGCUCAUGAUAUCUCGUCUACAGGNCACAAAUUAGAAGGUUGUGAUGUCCUCUUUCUCGAAGAACCGCUUCUGAGCGAGCACCCGGAGGGCAUCAAGCAGCUAUCGAAUCUGACAAGUUCACCCAUUGCCCUCGGUGAGAGGUUGUACAGUCGAUGGGACUUUAAAAGAUUUUUGGAAGAUGCCAGCGUGGACGUUUUUCAGCCAGAUAUUUCUCACUGCGGAGGAAUCAGUGAGAUGCGCAGGAUCGCGGCCAUGGCUGAAACUUACGAUGCAUGCUUGCAAAUUGGCCUUUGCACACCCAACCACAUGAUCCAAGAGAUGUCAGUUGGCAUGCAUUACAAUACAGAAGCCGGCGAACAUGACAUCCACAGCUAUGUGCUCAACUCGGAAGUCUUCAAAGUCACGGACGGAUACUUGGAUGCUCUUACCGGACCAGGCUUGGGGAUUGAGGUUGACGAGGAGGCGAUCAGAAGAGUAGCCGAAAACACACAGCCAUGGGAGCUGCAAGGAUUUGUGGGUGUUGAUGGCGGCUUGAGAGAAUGG